UCCGUCUCUGAUGGGGAUCAAAAGAAUUAUCAUACUUGUGUUCUUUCAGUUCAUCAUCCAUCUCAGCGCUUUGGCUUCCGAUGAAGGAUGUAACACCAAUUGUUCAGCAUACUUUUUGACCAAAGAGAACAAGAGACUUACGGGCUUUGUCGUGCAACGCUUCGAGUCUCAAAGUUUGUUAUCAUGCAGUUUGACAUGUUUGCAGCAAUCAUGGUGUACCUCUAUAAACUUCAAGCUGAUUUCACUGGAUGGCAAGGGGAUCUGUGAAUUGAAUAAAUCGGAUUUUGAUAGUGACACAUGGAGCAACCUAAAUGCCGUCCCAGGAGUCAUUUUCUCAAAGCUCUUAAAGGACAAUGAAGCACGGUCGGAUUCAUUCCUGGUAGCUAAGGCCCAAAAGCCCAGGCGUGGCGGAAUUCUCGGCUCCCUUAGCAACGGACUGGUAACUAAUUCAGGCUGGAAAUGCAGUGACGGUCCGUUUCCCGGAUGUAAAUGGAUGACGCAGGAUUUUGAUGACCGAAUGUGGCCGACGGCCAAAGAGAUAGUAUUUCACGGGCCACAUUGGCCUACUUCAGUUCCUGGUAUAGUCCAGGGUGCUAAGUGGAUAUGGAGUGCAACAGGCUCUGGUCAUUUGCCACAGCCUAUCGCCUAUUGCAGACUAAAUAUGUCAUAAAUCAUCGUUAAUAGUAUUGUGGAUAACAGAUAUUUUUUUCUAUGGCAAAUUUGGACUUGAAACCAAGUGGUGCCUUAUUUCGUUGGUAGCGCUCCUCUGUUUAGAAACGAAAUCAUUUUCUUCUGUCUUUAACCUCUAAGAUUGAUAAGCAACUAAGACAUAAUUUCUCUCGAGAGUAUCACCUCCAAAUCAAACGUUAUGGUAAGGUCGAGAGAAUAGAGGAAAUUAUUGCAAAACAAAGAAGCCCUUGAUUGUUAGACAAAUUUUUCUUGUAAGUACCAUAGGAAAUGUAGAGAUAACUGUCUGAAGAACAAGCAUACUAAUGUUAGGGUGUAAUG